ACUGUGUUGAACAGUUUGACCAUCACUGCCCCUGGAUAUCGAACUGUGUUGGAAAGAGAAAUAAGUGGGACUUUUUGGUGUUUCUCUGUAUGGGGAUAACUACAACCCUUCUGGGGGCAGCUGUUGGAUUCCACAGACUUUGGACGGAGCCCAUUAUACUCUCAUCUUCUGAGUCGUGGACUCACUUCAUGGUGACAAAACAUCCUGGUGCCGUAUUGUUCAUGUUCAUGGACAUCUUUUUAUUAACUGGAGCUCUAAUUCUGGCGGGGGCACAAGCAACACAGGUAAACUGUCCCGUGGGAUUGAUGGUUUAUGCAUUGAAGUAUAACUUCAAGGAAAGGCGACAAUACUUUGUGGUGAUGUCCAUGUUCGGCGGCGUCAAGGAUCAUCCUACUCACUCUUCAAAUCCAAGCCUGGAAUGGUCCUGGCAAAGCGUGCCCUCGCCGCUUCCAUUCUCCAAGGAUGCCAUUAUCACCUCCUAUGCCCUGCACCUGGACGGAAGCACCAUCUUCAUGUCGACUUUGGCCAGGCGCUGUCCGAUGCGCACCUUCUCCUUCGACACCGGGCGCUGCGAGUGGAAGUGUCAAGGGGAAUGGGCGUUGCCUUUCGUGGGACAAGGCUACUUCGACAGCGAGCUGGACGCAUGGGUUGGCCUUCACGAGGAUGGCUACAUUUGUUCCUGCCAAGCCGUGUCUUGCAGCAGCAGCACCGUUAUUACCACGCGGCCGGACUGGAAGAUGACCAAGGAGAAGCUCCUCAAGCAUCCGAGGGGCAAAGGUGCCACCCUCACAUACAUGGGCAACACCAGGUUUUGCCUCGUGGAGUCUGUUGUACGUGAACAACAUGAGUUUGAUGACGACUCUGAUGAUGACUGUAAUGGCUACAUGCUCUACAUCACCAUUUUUGGCCUCAAGUACAGCCGCGAGGGAGAGCUGCAAACCACCAUCCGUCGCACCGCCAAAUCCUAUAAAGUGUCUAAGCAUUUCAUGUCAUUUUCUCCUGUGGCAUUCUGGCUGUAGCUAGCUAGGAAUUAACUGUGGUUUGGUUGUAAUUUAUGAUUUGUGGCAAUAAAUUUUUUGCUUCCCCUGGCAAUUUUUGUGGAACCUA